AUGUCUGACCAGCCAGAGAGUGUCCCCAUCCAUCCUGUAGCGCCACGCCUCAGGGCGGGUCCCAAGACCCCUCAUAUUGGUCCCCAUAUCGAUGCAUAUCGUCUCGCGCACAAGGAGACCGUUGGCCACGAAUCUGAUAACUGGUGGGCGAGGCAAGCACACGCCUUCCUUCACUGGGAUCGUCACUUCAAAACCGUUAGAGCGGGCUCGUUUGAGACAGGCGACAUCGUAUGGUUCCCCGAAGGCGGCCUGAACGCAUCGUACAACUGUGUCGACCGCUGGGCAUUCAAGCACCCUAACAAGACCGCCAUCAUCUACGAAGGCGACGAGCCCGAAGAAGGUCGCGAAAUCAGUUAUGCUGAACUCCUCCGCGAGGUUUCGAGUGUCGCAAACGUCCUCAAGUCCUUCGGCGUCAAGAAGGGCGACACCGUCUCUGUCUAUCUCCCCAUGACCUGGCAAGCGGUCGCCGCUUUCCUCGCAUGCGCUCGCAUUGGCGCCAUCCACUCGGUUGUUUUUGCGGGCUUCUCCGCCGAAUCUCUCCGCGAUCGCGUUCAAGAUUGCAAGUGCAAGGUCCUCAUCACAUCGGACGAAGGACGACGGGGUGGUAAGACGAUCGCCACCAAAGCUAUCGUCGAUGCCGCAUUGAAGGAAUGCCCGCUCGUCGAGCACGUCCUUGUGUUGAAGAGGACAGGCAAUACAGUGCCUUGGACUGAGGGAAGGGACAAAUGGUGGCAUGAGGAAGUUCUCAAGGUCCCCAACUACUGCCCACCCGAAGUUAUGGCGUCAGAAGAUCCGCUCUUCAUUCUUUACACAUCUGGAUCUACCGGAAAACCCAAAGGUGUCGUUCACACCACUGGUGGCUAUCUUCUCUGCGCCGCGAUGACGGUAAAAUACGUCUUCGACGUCCACCCAGACGACAAAUUCGCAUGCAUGGCAGACGUUGGCUGGAUCACAGGACAUACCUACAUCGUCUACGGCCCCUUGGCGAACGGAGUUACUACAACUGUCUUUGAGUCUACCCCUGUAUACCCAACACCUUCUCGGUACUGGCAGACAGUCGAAAAGCACAAACUCACUCAAUUCUACUCUGCGCCGACCGCCAUUCGCCUCCUGCGCCGCCUGGGCGAGCACCACGUCGAGCCGCAUGAUUUGAGCAGUCUCCGCGUCCUGGGUAGCGUUGGCGAGCCGAUCAAUCCGGAGGCCUGGAAUUGGUACAACGAACAUGUGGGGAAGAUGCAAUGCGCUAUCGUGGAUACUUUCUGGCAAACCGAGACGGGGUCGAUUGUGGUCACGCCGUUCCCUGGCGCGAUUGAAACGAAGCCAGGUUCAGCCACAGUGCCGUUCUUUGGUAUCGAACCCGCCAUCCUGGAUCCUGUCACGGGCGAAGAGCUGCACGGAAAUGGGGUCGAAGGUGUUCUUGUCAUCAAGCACCCAUGGCCGUCAAUUGCCCGAACGAUUUACCAAGACCACAAGCGAUACCAGGAGACGUACAUGCAGCCUUACCCUGGAGCGUUCUAUACGGGUGAUGGAGCUGCGCGAGAUGAGCACGGGUACAUCUGGAUUAAAGGGCGUGUAGAUGAUGUUAUUAACGUGUCCGGACACCGUCUGUCGACGGCUGAGAUUGAGUCGGCGCUUAUCCUCCACAAAGGAGUCGCUGAGACCGCAGUCAUCGGAACGGCAGACGAGCUGACAGGGCAAGCCGUCUACGCCUUCGUCACCCUCAAACCUGAGUUCAGGUACGACCCCACGGACGAGGCGAGCCUCAUCAAAGAGCUCGUCAUCCAGGUCCGCAAGGUGAUCGGCCCCUUCGCCGCGCCGAAGAAGGUCUUCAUCGUCAGUGACCUUCCAAAGACGCGGUCUGGCAAGAUUAUGCGCCGUAUCAUGCGGAAGAUCGUCGCAGGCGAGGGCGACCAGCUCGGCGACCUCAGCACGCUCGCUGAGCCCGGCGUCGUCGACAUUAUCAAGGCUAAGGUUGCGGCUUGA